AUGGACCAAAGAACUGUUGGUAUUUUAGGUGGUGGCCAAUUGGGCCGUAUGAUAGUGGAGGCCGCUCACAGAUUGAACGUCAAGACUAUCAUAUUGGAUGCUGAAAACUCGCCAGCAAAGCAGAUCAAUGCUUUGUCCGAACAUGUUAACGGUUCGUUUUCAAAACCAGAAGAUAUCAAGAAAAUCGCUUCCAUGUGCGAUGUUUUAACUGUGGAAAUUGAGCAUGUCGAUGUCCCAACUCUUAAGCAGGUCCAAAUCGACCAUCCAAACUUGAAGAUAUAUCCAGACCCAGAAACAAUUGCCUUAAUUCAAGAUAAGUUCACUCAAAAGCAAUACUUGAUCAAGAACAAUAUUAGCGUUGCUGAAUCUGUUUCAGUCGAAAGUGACGAAAAAUCCUUGGCUGAGGUCGGCUCUCAAUUUGGAUAUCCAUUUAUGCUGAAAUCCAGAACCCUUGCUUAUGAUGGCAGAGGAAAUUUUGUAGUCAAGUCUAAGGACUCAAUUCCAGAAGCACUCAGUGUGUUAAAAGAUCGCCCGCUAUACGCAGAAAAAUGGGCACCAUUCGUAAAGGAACUAGCAGUGAUGGUAGUAAGAUCCCCAGAAAAUGCAGUGUUUUCUUAUUCGACGGUAGAGACCAUCCACAAAGAUAACAUCUGUCACACCUGUUACGCCCCAGCUAGAGUUCCAGACUCAGUGCAAUUGAAAGCAAAGUUGUUGGCUGAACAAGCAGUUGCAGCAUUCCCAGGUGCUGGUAUUUUCGGUGUAGAGAUGUUCUACUUAGAAGACGGGGAGUUAUUGAUUAACGAGAUCGCGCCAAGACCACAUAAUUCCGGCCAUUAUACCAUCGACGCAUGCGUCACCUCUCAAUUCGAAGCCCAUAUCAGAUCUAUAUUAAAUUUGCCUAUGCCAAAAGAAUUCACUUCCUUGUCCACAACUAACACUAACGCUAUUAUGUUGAACAUAUUAGGAGAUAACGAAGUGAAGAAUAAUGAACUAAAAAUCUGUGAAAGAGCACUAAAUACGCCGGGUGCAUCUGUGUACUUAUACGGUAAGGAAUCAAGACCAAAAAGAAAAAUGGGUCAUAUUAACAUUAUUGGUUCUUCAAUGGUUGAAUGCGAACGUAAGUUAAAUUUCAUCCAGUACGGUGAAGAAACUUAUAAAAACAGCGAAGCUAGCAAAUCUGCCGUUCCUGGUACUUCUUCGAAACCAUUAGUUAGCGUUAUUAUGGGAUCCGAUUCCGAUCUUCCUGUCAUGUCUAAAGCCUGCGAUAUUCUCAAUGACUUUAACGUCCCAUACGAGGUUACUAUCGUUUCGGCCCAUAGAACUCCUCACAGAAUGUCCAAGUUCGCUAUCGAAGCAGGUAACCGUGGUAUAAAGGCGAUCAUUGCUGGUGCAGGAGGUGCCGCUCAUUUGCCAGGUAUGGUUGCAGCCAUGACACCACUACCUGUUAUCGGUGUUCCUGUCAAGGGAUCAUGUUUGGAUGGUGUUGAUUCUUUGCAUUCUAUCGUCCAAAUGCCAAGAGGUAUACCAGUUGCUACUGUUGCAAUCAACAAUAGUACCAACGCUGCUUUACUAGCUAUUAGAAUUCUUGGUGCUUAUGAUUCUAGUUACUUUGUAAAGAUGCAAAAAUUCCUAAUGAAACAAGAGGAAGAGGUCUUGACUAAGGCCGAAAAGAUUGAAAAUAUCGGAUACCAAGAAUAUUUGAGGAAAUAA